AUGGACUUAAUAACUGUAGUAGGCUAUGUUAUAAUCGCUUGGUUUGGUAUAAAGCUGUACAAUCAUGUUUGGCACAUUUUGUACCCAUAUGUAAUUGGAACGCCUAAGAAUUUGAAGAAGCUGGCUGGUGCUAAAUGGGCUGGUGUGUUUUGAUGUCAAAUUUUGUUGGGCAGGGUAAUGUAGGAUAGGGUCGCUUACGAAAUUAAGGUAGGGUAUAGUAUAGUAGGGUAAGAUAUAGUGCCACAGGAUAGGGCAAUUUAAGUUAUUGUAGGACACAGCAGGAUCAGUUAGUGAAUAUCAGGACAAGGUCAGGUAGGGCAAGUAAGGUAAGAUAGAGUCGGUUAGGGUAUUGGCUGGCAAGGUAGGACUGGUUAAGGCAUUUUAGGACAGGGCAACAUUACUUAAAGCAUUUUUAGGUAGGGUAGGGUCGGUUAGGGUAUUGUAGGGCAGCGCAGGACCAGUUAGGGCAUUGGUGUGUGGGUUAGGGUAUGGUAGGUAGGGUAGGGUAGGGUAGGGUAGGGUAGGGUAGGGUAGGGUAGGGUAGGGUAGGGUAGGGUAGGGUAGGGUAGGGUAGGGUAGGGUAGGGUAGGGUAGGGUAGGGUAGGGUAGGGUAGGGUAGGGUAGGGUAGGGUAGGGUAGGGUAGGGUAGGGUAGGGUAGGGUAGGGUAGGGUAGGGUAGGGUAGGGUAGGGUAGGGUAGGGUAGGGUAGGGGAGGGUAGGGUAGGGUAGGGUACGGUACGGUACGAUACUGUACUUUACGAUGGGGCAAGCAACUAAAAGCUAUAGUGAAAUGGGCGUGGUAAAGAACUUGUGCCAUUAAUGACAUUUUUAGUUAUAACCGGCUCGACCGAUGGGAUUGGCAAGGCUUAUGCGUUCGAACUGGCUUCGAAAGGCUUUGAUAUUGUUUUAGUGUCAAGGUCAGAAGAGAAACUGGCAAAGGUGGCUGAAGAACUGAAGAAACAACAUCAAGAUGUUGAAGUAAAGACACUUACUUUUGAUUUUUCCGAAAGCGAUCCAAAAGUUUAUGGAGAAAAGUUAUUGAAACACUUGGAUGAGAUUGAGAUUGGCAUUUUUGGUAUGUUUUUGGGCUUGAAUUUUGUUUUAUUUAGAUUUUUAGGCUUAUAUUAGGCAAAAAAUUAGGCCUUAAGCUUAGAUUAGGCUUUAAAUGAGGUUCUAGGCAUUUAUUAGGCUUUACCUUAGCUUUUAGGCUUAUAUUGCUGCUUAAGUUAGUUUUUAGACUUAUACUGGGCAAUAACCUUGAUUUUAAACGUAUAUUAGGCUUAAUUUAGAACUUAGGUUUAAAAUGGACAUCAAUUCUUAUUAAUGGGUUUAUAUUAGGUUUUAGGCUUAACUUUUUGGUUUUGGGCUUAUAUUAGGCUAAAAUUUUAGUUUUAGGCUUAAGUGUAACUAACUCUGCAUUUUAGGCUUAAAUAAGGCUUAAAUUUUUAGUUUUGAGCCAACUUUGAAAAUAGGCUUAUAUUAGGCUUGAGUUUUAACUUUAGGCUUAUUUAUGGCAAAAAACUUAGUUUUUAUAUUAAAAAUUGUAUGUGAGUUUUAGUAAACAACGUCGGUCAAAUGUUUGACUACCCAGACAAACUUCACGAAGUCCCUGGUGGAAUUCCAAAGCUCUCCAGCAUGUUACACAUCAAUGCCACAUCCCUAACCAUACUAUCAGCCUAUGUCCUAAAGCAAAUGCAUCAAAGAAAGGCUGGAAUUUUGGUUAACGUAUCUUCAUCAGCUUCAGUAUGGCCUUUAACGUACUGGAAUGUCUAUUCAGCUACGAAAAAGUACGUGGUUUGGUUGACUGAGACGUUGAGAAGAGAGUACUGUGACAGUAAUAUCACUAUACAAACGCUGAUACCGUUUAUGGUCGAUACGAACAUGGCUGCCAACUUUAGGGAUGCUAAAAUGCCAAAGGUUUUUAGACCGGAUGUAAGUUUUUGCCUUGGCCUUGCCCCAGCCUUGCUUUGGCAUUGCCCUGGCCUUGCCUUUGCCUUGUCUUAGCCUAGCUUUAGCCCUAAUCUUAGCUUUAGUCUAGCUUUACUCCUAGCUUCAUCCCAGUUUAGCCCAGCCUUUUCCUUAGCCCUAAGCAUAGUAUUAAAGUGAGUCUUAGGUCUUGUCCCAGCCCCAGCUUUAGCUUGAAUCUCAGACUUAACUCCAGCACUAAUCCCAAUAUUAGCCCCAGCAGCUUCAAUCCUAUUCCUAGGUUUUGUCUUUUCUUUAGUCUUAUUCAUAGUAUUAACCUUAAGUCUAGCAAUUGUUUUAACUUUAGCUUUAACUUUAAUCUUUGCGUUAGUCUAGCCUUAGCCUUGUCCAAGGUUUUUACUGUAUUGUAAUUUUAAAUUUAAAGGACCUGUCUGGGUGUCGAAAAAACCCCGUUUGAACAAAACGCCGUAAAGUGGCGUGCUGUUUCCAAUCAAUAAAUCGCGGCGGGACCAAAUGGAAACUCUCACGUAAAAUAUUAUUUUUUCGCAAAAUAUUAUUUGGGUUUUCACGUUAAUAUUGUUGAAAGUGUUGUAAAUCUAUGUUUACUACAAUUAUUGCUUGAAAUCUUAAAAUUAUAUCUUAAUAUUCACUUUUAUAAUUAGAUAGGUGAAUAUUUCGAUGUGUUUUUGAGGUUAUUGAGCUAAAUUCGAGUAAAAUAAGCUCGAAAUUGUGUAAGUUAUGAUAGAUAACAACCUCAGGGUUAAAUUAAAGAUUGAUUAAAAGGUGUCUAAUAUUAAUUUAGUUUCAGGUGGCAAUUAACUUGUGUCAGUGACGUCUACAUUCAGGUACAGCGCCCAUAUCCUUCAACAAAACACUAUUUCAGGCCAAUCAUACAUAUUCCUUCGAGAUGAACGUAAAAGGUACGUGUUUUGAUGUUAUUUUGUUAGGAUUUUUAGGUAUCUUCCCCAUAGAAGGUUAAAGGAUAGUUUGCUUUAAUCUUUAUUGAUAUACCGAGUUUUUUGAUAAAUUCUGGGUCAACUCGGUUCAUUAAAAGUUUUGUUGUUACCUAAAACUUAAAAGGCAACAUAACUUAUUGAAUUCAAAACUAUAUUGCGUUUAGCAUAUUAGAUUUUAAUAUAAAUAACAUAAUCUUCCUUCUAAUUGUAAAUUAAUGGUCUGCACAAGUUCUAAACUUAUUUUUUAGGCAAUCUUACAUCAAGCUCAAUCAAUACCUAUAUUAUUUUUUAAACUACGCAUUUUACAUUGACAAGAACAUGUCUUAUACGUAUGAAUAAAGGUCUUUCAAUUAUAAUGAGUCUUUUGCGGUGUAAUGUCAGUUUCUCAAGUCUGUAUCUGUCUCGAAAAAAGAAUCUAUUGUUUUAACUCGUAAUAAGAUGAUCAAGUGCACAGUUUGUGAAGUUCCAAUGCCACCUUUUGCAACUUUUCCAAUCGAUUACGCUGAACGUGAAAUGUGGUGCCGAAGGUUCCAAUGAUAAUGGCACAACCAGAAGCAGAAGAAGCGAGGGUGAAAUCACGUGGCAGUGAACAACAAUUUCCAGGCGAACAUACCUAAACACCAGAGUAAAAUAAUAUCAAAAACUUAUGUUUUCUUUCGUCUUUUAGAAAUAUGGAUGCGUAACUUGACAGAAGAUGGCUGGAACACAAGAUAUUGCAAUCCUGAAACUAAAUUAAUAUUAGACACCUUUUAAUCAAUCUUUAAUUUAACCCUGAGGUUGUUAUCUAUCAUAACUUACACAAUUUCGUGCUUAUUUUACUCGAAUUUAGCUCAAUAACCUCAAAAACACAUCGAAAUAUUCACCUAUCUAAUUAUAAAAGUGAAUAUUAAGAUAUAAUUUUAAGAUUUCAAGCAAUAAUUGUAGUAAACAUAGAUUUACAACACUUUCAACAAUAUUAACGUGAAAACCCAAAUAAUAUUUUGCGAAAAAAUAAUAUUUUACGUGAGAGUUUCCAUUUGGUCCCGCCGCGAUUUAUUGAUUGGAAACAGCACGCCACUUUACGGCGUUUUGUUCAAACGGGGUUUUUUCGACACCCGGACAGGUCCUUUAAACAAAAUUUCUUAUGAAAAAUCUAUUUUAGGCUGUAUCAUUCGCCAAGAGUGCGGUAAGAACAAUUGGGUUGGUGGACGAGACCACCGGUUGUUUGUUCCAUCAGAUUCAGAAGGAAAUCGUUGCUGGUUUUUUGCCAAACUUGUUUCUCGAAGCCGGGUGUAACAAGUUUGCCAUGGAAAUUCGGGACAAAAUGUUGAAAAUACAGUAA